ACAUAUAGAACACAGUGAAUGAUAAGAAUACGUUGAUUUUCUAGUUGGAAACUCUUCAGUGUCAAAUCGAAUUCUCAACAACUGAGAUCGUCUAUUAAGAAAAUAAUUGUGAUAUGGACCAUAGUGCACAAUGAGGUCAUCGCCUCUGCACAAAAGUUCUUAGUGUACAUCACUCUCUCCCUCUCUCUUAAUUAUAAAUUAUGAACUUUUAAAAUUUUCCUUUUUUAAAUAAUUCUUUUUUCUUAUUUAAAAUAAUAGAAACAAAAAAAGUGUUCAAAAAAUGACGACAGUGCUUGCAACUUUUGCCGUUUUAAAAAAUCAUAUUAAAUUAAAAGUUUCGCCAGAUUAUGUAGCAAUUGACAAUAUAAUUUUCAAGUUGCACUACAGAGCCACAUUUUUGGUUCUCUUGGCAGCAACGCUUCUCGUUUGUUCGAGGCAAUUCAUUGGAGAACAUAUAAGAUGCAUUAAUGAUGCCGGCGUACCUGAACAUGUGAUAAAUACUUUUUGCUUUUUCACUUCUACUUUUACGGUGGUGAAACAUAUGAAUUUGACUUCAGUGCUCGAAGGUGAAGUGCCACAUCCCGGCGUUGGUCCAGUGACAAAAAGAGAUGAAGUCGUUCAUCAUGCCUAUUAUCAAUGGGUGCCAUUUAUUCUUUUCUUUCAAGCCAUUCUCUUCUAUCUACCUCAUUAUUUAUGGAGAUCGGCCGAAGGUGGCCGAUUAAAGUUGCUGGUAUCGGGCUUAAAUCUAGCGUCUUUGGCACUACAAGAGGAAAAAAUUGAAGUGGACGGAAAGAUUAUACCAACAAAGGGUGAUCGUGAUGAGAAAAUACGACAAAUUCGAACCGGAUUCAUAAAUCGUCUUCACUUAAAUCGACCCUGGGCUUAUUAUUUAGGUUUUUGUGAGGUGCUCAACUUUAUCAAUGUUCUCUUUCAACUUUAUUUCACCGACUGGUUCUUGGGCGGGACUUUUCUCAAUCUUGGCACUGAAAUUCAAAACAAUGGCUUCAAUCACAUAUUAGAUCGAUUGGACGAGGUCUUUCCAAAGGUCACUAAAUGUACUUUUCACAAAUAUGGUGGCUCCGGUUCGAUACAAAUUCACGAUGCUCUUUGUGUCAUGGCGUUGAAUAUUGUCAAUGAAAAGAUUUAUUUUAUCCUCUGGUAUUGGCUAAUUAUUCUCGCAAUUCUCACUGGACUUGGAUUAAUAUGGAGAAUUCUCACCAUGAUUUUGCACGCAAGAAGCCUCAAUUUUAACAGACUAGUUUUCUCAAUGGCCUGUCCAGGGAAAUAUAAUCCCUGGAAUAUGCUCAGGGUUACACACGACUAUCACUUUGGCGACUGGCUCUUCCUUUAUUACAUAGCAAAGAACCUAAACAAUUACGUUUUCAAGGAGUUAUUGCACCAGUUGGCGGAAGACCUCGAGGAACGGAAACAAGCCAAGUAUAAUAUUAUCCCACAAGAGGAUUUUGAUACUUUAAAGAAAAAUUAAAAUAAACAUUAUUUCUCUUUUU